AUGCCAGACAAGGAUCAGAGCACCACAGUCAUCAAUACUGAUGAGAUUGCUCGAAAAUUAGAAGCAGCUUAUGGUAUCAAAUCAGGCUCGAUUUAUAUCAGCACGAUUGUGAUCACUAAUGCUAACUCAAAUGUCGAUGUUGAUCGUCGUCGCCCUCAGCCAGACAUGAAAGAAAAUGAAAUAUGUGAUCAAUUGGGAUCUGUUGGCUCACUUGUGGAAAUAACGAUGUAUAUAGUGUAUCCGGCAAAGUGUGGUGUAUCUAUGGCUUGCAAAAAGGAAUUGGUUGAUGUUAUCCAAGCUCUUAUUGAGGCACAUAUUUCAAGUAUUUCGCUGAAGUUCAAAUUUGAUGACGAAAACUUCAGUGAACUUGCGUUGAUCAGAUGUAAGACAACCACUGAUUCAUCAUUAAACACUUUAUUACGAUUACGACGCGAUGAUAAAAGCAAAAACAGACGUCAUACUACAACUAAACGCCCUGCAGCAACAAAAUGCGCUAGAACAACAAAACGCACUACAACAACAACUAAACGCCCUACAGCAACAAAAUGCGCUACAACAACAAAACGCGCUACAACAACAACUACACGCCGUACAACAACAAAACGCGUUACAACAACAACAAAAUACGCUACAACAACAAAACGUGCUACAACAUUAGGCACUACAGCACCAGGUAAACAGCUUUAUGUUUCAUAA